AUGAGUAACUUGGCAGACUACGGGAGUUCUCUAGGGGGCUCUGUGGGAGGGCCCACUGCAUCUCUGCAGCGGCUGCAUCAGCAGCCGCAGCUGCAUCAGCAGCAGCAGCUGCUGCAGGCGGCUAUCCGCAUCACGGAGUUGUCUAGCAAAGUGGUGAAGUUCACCCUCAGCAACUGCGAUGCAUCCAUUGCCAACGCUCUCAGGAGAGUCAUGAUAUCGGAAGUCCCCUCGCUUGCCAUCGAUUUGGUGACUGUUUUCGAGAAUACGAGCGUUCUGCACGAUGAAUACAUCGUCCACAGAUUGGGUUUGUUACCCAUCGACAGUUCGAGCGUCGAGCGCUUUAUCUCAAGAGACUACACUCUAGACGCCACGGCUGCAGAAAGCGAUUACUUGGUUGUUACGCAUCUGGACUUGGUGGCGGAGAGGACGAUCGGCGGCAUCACGGGGGGCCCCCACGGGGGGCCCCCUAUGCCCGUACCCUCUCCCCAGGACAUGCAAGCGGAUGGCUUUGCAUCGGGUAUUCCCAUCGUGAAACUCCGGAAGAACCAAAGUGUUAGCAUGUCUUGUCUUGCGACCAAGGGCAUCGGAAAACUUCACGCGAAGUGGAGCCCGGUUGCAACGGCUACGUACAAGUGUCGCCCUAUAAUCCAGCUGAAUGAGGAGAUGCUGCAGACGGCCUCGGCACAAAGCAAGAAGGAAAUUGCGGACUCGUGUCCUCGUAAAGUUUUUACGUUUGAAGAUGACACAGCCGUUGGAGGAACUGGAAUCCUAAGAGUUGCGAAUCCACUGGACUGCAUGUUCUGUGAUCAAUGUACCAAAAAGGCCAAGGAGUUAUCGCUACGGGAGGCCAUCCGCGUUGCUCCAGAUGAACGGACUUUCCACUUUACUGUGGAGUCCACAGGCGUGAUGCCGGCGGAAAAGAUCGUACAGAUGGCCUUUGAUAUUCUCAGAAACAAGUUGUCAGAUUUAGAGACGCACACUGCCGCUGCCGCCGCGAGAGCCACAGGGCAGCAGCAUCAGCAGCCGCCACAACUUACAGCUGUAACAGAACUUUGA